GUUGACCGAGCAAGCGUGAGAACACGAUGACGUGGCGGGAAAGCUACAUCCCACGUGUCCCCAGCGUGUCAAUUAUCGUUCCGACCUGAGUAGUGUGUCCUGUCCAAAUGAGAACGAGAUGUCGAUUCUCGCCGGUCUGAUACGACGGCGUUUUGGCGCAUCGAUCCCGGUUCACUUGAAUUGCGGCCGCGAACCGUCGCGAUUUCUCUUGAACCCGAGUCAAGGAAGAACUCGGCUUCUCAGCGGCGAGGCUGAGUCGAAUCGGGCCGAGUUCCCGGUGGAGAACGCCUACGAUAUCUUGAGCGUCUCCGAAUCCAGCUCGAUCGCAGAGAUCAAGGCGUCGUUUCGAAGACUCGCCAAGGAGACUCAUCCAGACCUGAUCGGUGCGAAGAAGGAUUCAUCUACUUCGCUUCGUUUCGUUCAGAUUCUCGCUGCUUAUGAGAUUCUUUCAGAUUCUGAAAGGAGAGCACACUACGAUAGGUAUCUCCUCUCCAGGAGAAUGGUAAUAACGAAAAAAUCUACACAAGGAUACAUGAUUUACAGGUAUAAAGCGGGGUUGACAUUGAGCGAGGAGAUGGAAGUGGUUGAGUGGCUAAAGUGGUACAGAGAAGCAAUACAUGACAUAGUAAUGGAGAAGAGAGUUGCAAGCGGUGGUACAGGGUACUUAGAUGAACUUGAAGAAGAUUUCUACUCAGCUAUUCGAGCUGCGUACUUUGGACCUGACGUAGAGUCUGUGGAGCUUCUUCCUGAUUGUUUCGAAGCUGAGGAAAGGUCUGUGUACGACACGAGAGAGAUCUUGCACUUGGUGUCAGGACGGGAUCUUUUCGGUAUGGUCUGCUUGGUGGAUAGCUUCCUUGAGCUGUCUUCUGCCUGCUCCAAGAAACUGGCUUCGUCAUGGUCGUUUAUGGAUUCAGGGAACCAUGACAUGAUAUCUCAUAUACAAUCCUCCAGAAAGCAAAACGAUGUUUCGGAUGCGUAUAAAGAUAUUCAGCUGCAUGUAUCGGGAAGAGUUGUUGCUACAGCUAUUAGAGUUCCUCCAAAACAAAAUGAAGGGGAUCAUGAUCAGAUACACGUUUUCCUCAAUUCAGACGAAGGAUCUAGUCAUGGCAAUGAAUCUUCUCCGGGGAAUGAAAGUGGAGGAGGCAAGCUUCUUGUUGGAACUAUAAGUGGUCUUGGGACAAGUCCAGAUGAAGGCUCAUGCUAUGUCUAUGAUGGGAAUGGUGUCAAGACUCAUGUGAUAAUGAAACAUAGAACAUUUCUGGUGAGACAUUUGCACUGGUACAAGAUUGGGGAGAAGGUUUCUAUUUGCGAGUGUAGGUGCAGUAGAGCAAAACUACCACCAAGCAAGUUUUGGUUGUUUGAGCCUCGUUGUGGGUUGCAUGAUGUUGGAGGUUGGUAUGUUGAAACUUAUGGAAAAGAUAAAAAGGGCAGAACAGUCCUGGCGCAAAGAUUCUGGGAUGGACUUGAAGUGGGCACUACACUAGAUGGGAGACUGCACCCUGGUAUCUACCUGCUUACACUAGCCUAUCGGACUCUUGAUCUUGAAGAUGAAAGGAGAAGGAAACGGUCUAUAGUGGAGAUCAUCGGGGCAAGGUUAUCUAAAACGUUGGAUUGGUGUAAGAAAAUGGUUAUGAGAAGGUCCGAGUGAAGAUCCAAAAAUGAUUUGAUUCACCUGAAUACAAAAGCCCAUGGCGAACUAAAGCUGCUCCAAAGGCUGGUUGGGGACUACUACAUGGCGCAAUCCUAAGCCUAACUUAACCGGAAGAUAACAUUGUGGGAGGUCUCUCUCCUGCCAAAAGAACAACUGAGCCGUCUUUUCAGUUUACACCAAUGUUGCAGUGUUUUCCUGAUCAUGGCUAGAUUGGGUGGAACAAGAAGCAACAAGUGGAGUACAUGCUUUUAAACCGGAGAAUCAUUUGUACUAAGAAGAACUUGGAUUUGAUAGUGUGUUAUGUUUCCAAAAUGACUCAUUAGUCUUGUACAAAACUUUAAAUCUGGUAAAGCUAGUAGAUUCUUAAGUUUCUUUUUUUUUU